AUGUCAGAUGACUUUGCAGUUCAAGAAGAACCUCCGUCAACACAACAGAUCCCAGUGGAAUCGGUUGAUGCGGAGGAACAAGGCCAACCCCAGAGGUCUUACGAGCAUCAGGAAAAGAAUGUGCAUGAGAAGGCGAGACAACAGCUUUCGCCGAACAAGCCAGACGGCAAAAAGAAAUUAGAACCAUCUCUGAAAUGGAAGAACCUCGGUCUCUCUCCCCCUCAUGAGGAAGGCGAAAACAAGAAAUCCAAGAAGAGCGCGGGCCUGGAGAUGUCGGAGGAGGCGUCGACCAGACCCGAGAGCAAGAAGAAAGCCAACUUGUCGCUGGCGUCCUCGCCGGGUCGCCAGUCCUCUCAGAAAAGCAAGGCCCACGGAGGAGGCCAGGGCAUGGAGGACUUCAGCGAGAGCUCGUCGGAGAGCGAGGAGGACGAGGAGCAGCCAGAGCGACGUCCGGAGAGCAACACAGACCUGCCCUCCGAGUACUGGCAGAUUCAGAAGCUCGUCAAGUACCUCAAGGGAGGCAACCAGACGGCCACUGUGAUUGCUCUGUGCUCCAUGAGGGACUUUAAUUUAGCGCAGGAGACGUGCCAACUUGCCAUCCGGGACGUAGGUGGCCUUGAAGUCCUCAUUAACUUGCUGGAUACCGAAGAAAUCAAAUGCAAAAUCGGCUCUCUGAAGAUCCUGAAGGAGAUCAGUCGUAACUCUCAGAUCCGGAGGGCAAUCGCUGACCUGGGGGGCUUGCAGACCAUGGUGAAGAUCCUCGACUCCCCAGACAAGGACCUCAAGUGCCUGGCGGCAGAAACCAUCGCCAACGUGGCCAAGUUCAGGAGAGCCAGGAGGACCGUGAGACAGUAUGGAGGCAUCAAGAGACUGGUGGAGCUGCUGGACUGCGUGCCGGACCAGGCGGCGCUGACCGGGGAGCAGGAGAGGCAGGUAGAGGCGGCUCGCUGCGGGGCGCUGGCCCUGUGGAGCUGCAGCAAGAGCACCAGGAACAAGGAGGCCAUCCGCCGGGCCGGGGGAGUGCCCCUGCUGGCCCGCCUGCUCAAGUCCCCCCACGAGGACAUGCUCAUCCCCGUGGUGGGCACCCUGCAGGAGUGCGCCUCCGAGAGAAGCUACAGGUUGGCCAUUCAGACCGAGGGCAUGAUCGAGGACCUGGUCCAAAACCUCAGCUGUGAGAACCAGGAGUUGCAGAUGCACUGCGCCAGUGCCAUCUUUAAGUGUGCGGAGGACAAGCGUACCCGGGACCUGGUGCGUCAGUACGAGGGCCUGCAGCCCCUGGUGACUCUGCUGGCCGAGGCCAGCAACAAGCAGCUCCUGGCCGCCACCACCGGAGCCAUCUGGAAGUGCUCCAUCAGUCCAGAGAACGUGGCUAAGUUCCAGGAGCUGAAAGCCCUGGAGGCGAUGGUGGGUCUGCUGACUGACCAGCCUGAGGAGGUUCUGGUCAACGUGGUGGGUGCCCUGGGGGAGUGUGCCCAGAACCCUGCCAACAGGACCACCAUCCGCAAGGCCGGGGGCAUCCAGCCGCUGGUCAACCUGCUGACGGGCACCAACCAGGCGCUGCUCGUCAACGUCACCAAGGCCGUGGGCGCGUGUGCCACCGAGACGGAAAGCAUGGCGAUCAUUGACCGCCUGGACGGGGUUCGCCUGCUCUGGUCCCUGCUGAAAAACCCCAAUCCAGAUGUCCAGGCCAGCGCUGCGUGGGCCAUUUGUCCAUGCAUCGAGAACGCCAAGGAUGCCGGGGAGAUGGUGCGUUCCUUCGUCGGCGGAUUGGAACUGAUUGUUAAUUUGCUGAAAUCAACAAGCAAAGAGGUGCUGGCGAGCGUCUGCGCCGCCAUCGCCAAGAUCGCCAAAGACGAGGAGAACCUGGCAGUGAUCACCGAUCACGGGGUCGUCCCCAUGCUGGCCAAGCUGACUAACACAGCCGACGACAAGCUCCGCUGCCACCUGGCCGAGGCCAUCGCCCGCUGCUGCAUGUGGGGCAGCAACAGGGUGUCGUUCGGGGAGGCGGGGGCCGUGGCGCCCCUGGUGCGCUACCUCAAGUCCCCCGACACCUCGGUCCACCAGGCCACCGCCCAGGCCCUGUUCCAGCUCUCCAGGGACCCCAACAACUGCAUCACCAUGCACGAGAGCGGAGUGGUCAAGCUCCUCAUGGGUAUGAUGGGCUCUACUGACGAGGCUCUCCAGGAAGCAGCGGCCGGCUGCGUGGCUAACAUCCGUCGUCUGGCCAUGGCCAAUGAGAAGGCCCGAUACGGUUAACAGCACCAGGAAGCAGGAACACACACACACACACACCCCACCACCUUCCCCAGCCCCAGUCCCCCUCCCUCUCAUUUCUCUGUGACCUGAGGUCGACCUCUUCCCCCCCCCCCCCCACCCCCACCCCCGACACAGUGUGGGCACAGAUAUAGGCCAGUCAACGUGCCCACACUCUCUCCCCUCUGCCGUCCCCCUUCUACACAAUAACAGGGAUUCUAAUCAAACCCAGAGUGGUGAGUGAUGCCUGGAUAUUUAUCUUCUGCUCCUCCUCAGCCAUAGCAGGAAGCCUUUCUCUCUUUCCCUCCGCCUGAAUCCGAAACGAUUAUUUCGUUUAGGCGAUAUAAUCCAAACUGGAGCCAGACUCUGCGCUGGGUUUUGGUCGCUUUGCGGUGCCUGAUUUGAAAAUACCAAUUAAACACUUCCCUCUCCUCUUUGCGUCUCCCUGUGCCCCGGCACUUUCCUGAGAGCUAAGCAGUGCACCCUCCACUCCAGUUACAUGCCUUAUGUAAUCCACCAGAGACACUGAUACCUAAGCAGGCCCCACAUCUGGCUGUGUUAGCUCCUCAGGUCAAGCCAACAUGGGGAAAUACACGAACAAAGCGCAAAUACAGACACACACAGACACGCGCGCACACACACACACACACUACCUUCCACUAGGCAGACAGACAAAUGUAAUAAUGACUUGUUGUUCAUCUCGGUCAUUACUGUAUCUAUUGGUUGAGUUUCUGUUUGUCCGCGUUCAAGAUAUUCUAGUAAAUGUGAAACAAUAGUUAUAAAUUCAAUCAACGUUGACGUAAAUGGGCAGGAUUUGAUCGUAACUUUGGGAAAUACAAUAGAAUGUUGGUUGGAAAAAACAUAUGUGGGUGAAUAUGAAUUUAAACAUGUAAUUGGUAUGAGCAUUCUCCUUAUUAGUCCCAAUUGACUUAAUAUGUGUUUCUGUUGCAUUAUGGGUAGAGUUACUCAUUAUAAAUAAUGAUAACAAUA